AUGGAGAUAUUCAGUAGAAUGUUAAAGAAACCUGAACAUUUGGGUUGGAUUAGGGGGUUGCAAGUGAGAAGAAGGGGUGGUGUAAAUUGUGGCUUUUCGCACAUUUCAUAUGCAGAUGACACAUUGAUAAUUUGUGAAGCAGAUAUAAAACAAUUUCUAUACCUCCUAGGGAUCCUUUUAAUUUUUGAAGCAGUGAUAGGUUUAAGGGUGAAUCUAGCAAAGAGUAGCUUGCUUAGUAUUAAUGCAGAUCAUUGUAUAGAGGAUUUGGCUGAGGUCUUGGGUUGUAAGGUAGAGAAGUUACCUUCAACCUACUUGGGGCUCCCUUUGGGUGCAAAGAAGAAUGAGAAAAGGAUCUGGCAGUGCGUAUUGGAUAGAUGUACUAGCAAGCUAACUCCAUGGAGAAAGCAAUAUUUUUCAUUGGGAGGUAGCCUCACAUUAGUAAGCAGUGUUUUGGAUGGAAUUCCAACCCAUCUUAUGUCAAUGUUUCAGUUUCCUGUUUAUGUUGAGAAAAAACUAAAUGCUAUAAGGAGUAAUUUUCUAUGGGAGGGCAGUGCAGAUAAGAGAAAAUUACAUCUAGUAAAAUGGCAGAAGGUAAUGAUUGACAAGAAGGGUGGAGGUAUGGGGGUUAGAAAUUUCAGAUUACACAAUAAGAGCUUCUUUUUCAAAUGGCUAUGGAAAUAUAAUGAUAGGAAUGAGAAAACCUGGAAGAAUCUGAUAAAUGCAAAAUAUGUGAGAAAGGAUACAUGGAGCCCUCCUUUGGCUCAAAAUGUUUCAAGAGCUGUUAUAGCACUUUCGCAGAAACAAUCUGAGUACUUUGAGGCAGAUUGGCCAUGGAAAAUGCUUUGGAAGACCAAAGCACCUGUCAAGGCAGCAUGUUUUGGAUGGUUUCUGAACUCUAUUUCUCAAUCAGGGAAGAUAGCUGUUGUUGGUGGCUGUCGAGAAUACACUGGUGCACCAUACUUCUCUGCAAUUUCAGCCUUAAAGAUUGGUGCAGAUUUAUCCCAUGUAUUCUGUACCAAAGAUGCUGCUCCUGUUAUAAAAAGCUAUAGUCCCGAGUUAAUUGUGCACCCUAUUCUAGAAGAGUCCUACAGUAUUAGGGACGAGGAGAAAAGUUCGAUAGCAGCUAAAGUGAUUGCUGAGGUUGAGAAGUGGAUGGAGAGGUUUGAUUGUCUUGUUGUUGGUCCAGGCCUUGGAAGGGAUCCGUUUCUCCUGGACUGUGUAAGUAAUAUCAUGAAGCAUGCAAGAGAGUGCAAUGUCCCAAUGGUUAUAGAUGGGGAUGGGCUUUUUCUCGUGACUAAUUCUCUUGAUCUGGUUAGUGGCUAUCCCUUAGCAGUCCUGACUCCAAAUGUAAAUGAGUAUAAACGACUUGUUCAGAAAGUACUAAACUCUGAGGUAAAUGACCAAAACGGAACCGAUCAGUUGUUGUCUCUUGCAAAAGGGAUUGGCGGUGUUACAGUCCUGCGGAAAGGAAAAUCUGACUUUAUCAGUGAUGGUAAAACAGCUUGUGCAGUGAGUAUUUAUGGUUCUCCGCGGCGUUGUGGUGGGCAGGGUGACAUACUGUCAGGGAGUGUUGCAGUGUUCCUAUCCUGGGCCCGCCAGUGUGCAGCUAAAGGGGAGAGAAGCAUGAAUCCAACCAUAUUAGGAUGUGUCGCCGGAUCUGCUUUACUGAGGAGAGCAGCAUCUUUGGCAUUUGAGAGUAAGAAAAGGUCUACGCUCACUGUUGAUAUCAUCGAGUACUUGGGAAGAAGCAUACAGGAAAUAUGUCCAGUCUAAUAGAAACUUCAUGGUGGGUUUUCUUGGGAGCACAGCACUUCUACUCCAAAUGGCAAAGGGCAAAGGGCAAAGCGGAAACAAAGAAGGAAAAAUAAGGGAAAGUAGGGAAACUCGUCUCCUUUGUUGAUGCUAAUAAGACUGAGGUGUGUGAAUAGCUACUCCUUUUUGCAGUUGUAAUAUUUGUUCCCUGAUCCUGUAGCUUUUAGCCUCAUGUCUAUGCUUAGUGGUAAACAUUUCGUGUUACUAAUCAUAGGCUUUAGUUUGUUGGGCAUGGAUCAUGGCAGUGAAGUUCUUUUACAUUUCAGUAGAUUUUACUAGCUCUUAACAGAUUAUCCACCUUCGACUCUAUGUUAUACUAACUCAUGUUUGGUGUAAA